AAUCCCUGAGUGCAGGAGGGAACCAGGGCACUGGAAGGCAGGAAGAGGAAGAGAAGAGACGAGCAGCGAAGAGAAGGGGGGAGUGACGACAGCAUGAGAACUUAAAUCUGCAGAGUCACAGGGAAACGGUUUUAAAACUCCUUCUCUGUGGAACUGCCGAUCUCUUUAUUCCAUGAGCGCUGCAAGUGUGCUCACGUCUUUCAGUCCAUCAGCAAUGCCCGGCCCGGUGAUGCCGAUGGAUGUGGCUAUGCGAUUCUACAUCAGCCACUCUCCGCCGCCCCUGCGAGGCUUCCUCAGCUCGUACGACGAGCUGCAGAGGGCCAACAACCGGGUCAACCAGUCCGCCGCCCGCUGCCACGGCCAGCGGCUCUACAAACCGCUGCGGCCCUGCCUCAGCAGCCAGCAGAAAGCGGCGAGCGACGGCGGCCGCGUCGCCUGGAAAAACAGCAAGACCGGCAAGAAGAGGGUGGUGUUCGCCGACAUGAAGGGCAUGUCACUCACGGCCAUCCACGUCUUCUCCAAGUUCGACGACGAGCCGUAUCGGAACAAGCGCUGCGGGGGCGUCGCGGAGGAGCUGCAGUUCGACAUGACGGACCUGGAAACAGCCACCAAGGAUCUAAAGAUCAGCUCGGUGCGCAGCCUGGCGCUGGACUUUGAACAGCCCUCGGCCGACUACCUGGACUUCCGGAACCGCCUGAUUCAGAACUCGGUGUGCUUGGAGAACUGCUCCCUGCAGAAGCGCUCGCUGACCGGCACCGUCAAGGUCCGGAACAUUGGCUUCGAGAAGUCGGUGCAGGUGCGCGUCACCUUCGACUCGUGGGCCAGUCUCACCGACGUCAAGUGCACCUUCAUGAACAACGUCUACGGCUGCCAGGACACCGACACCUUUGCGUUCGUACUGGAGCUGCCCGCCAGUGUCCCACCGCAGAACCGGGUCGAGUUCUGCGUCUGCUUCGAGACCCAGGACCAGACCUUCUGGGACAAUAACGACGGCAAGAACUACGCCCUCAAGCACGUGGGCCUGAGCGGCGGGGACCUCAACAAUCCGACGCCCCCGACUUCUGUUGAGCAGAAGAAGCCCCCGGGGCAGACCAACGGGGGCGUGAAGCUGCUGGAGCUGGAGUUCGACCAGUUUGGAAGCCCGCGCAUGUCCAGCGGACUCUUUCCCGGCUGGCAGAGCUGGGGUCAGAUCGAUAACACAGUGCCUUACUGGUGAAAGCUCGCGGAUGUUUGCUGAAGCGGCACUGGACUACGACGCUGACAGGGGAAAUUCAGUACGACCGGAUUGGCUCUCGGCCAGAAACUGAACUGAAGCAAACGACCUUUGCUUUUUUUUUUAGCAGACAAAGUGCACGAACCAGACAGAAACCGAGCUGUGAGGUGUUCAACUGACUUGCCUUUCUGCUGUAACAUGACCUGAGGAGCUCGAGGAAUUCAUCUGUCGUGUUUCACAUGUUCCCCUGUUGUAAAAUAUCAAUGUGCCUUCAAACUAGAACACAGGCGAUCGGUACAAUCCACAACAAAUGUCAGAGGCCUUUUGCGAUGUAUUGGUUAAAUUUGCACUGAUUGAUUGAGACCCUCUCAAUGUGAUUUCAUUCAGGUAGAGGAAAUUGGAGCUGAUGAGUCCUUCAUAUUGAAGGGGAAGUACGGGGAGUGCAUGGCGAGGGGAAGCACAGGAGACACAGCUGAUUCAUUUCUGAUGAAAAAAAAAAUGCACACUACACUUUUGCACCUUCAGAUGAGAAACAUGAUUAAACAUGAUUCAAAAUGGCCUUGAUUUCUGUAAUGUGAGUCACGCAGCCCUUUUUUCUUUCCCCUUCACGUAAAUUGCACAUGUUUGUCCGAUGAAACGAUGUUUGGAUGACGUAACUGAGAAGUGAGAGUGUUGAGGAACUGAGCUGCUAUCAACAGACGUGACACAAGAAAGACUUUGCAUGUGAUUGGUCGCGGUCAACGAGGAGGCGGUGUGGAAAUGUCUGUGGGUACCGUAUGUCGAGAAAGAAAUGGUGUAAACGCCGAAUGUUUGUAUUUGCGUAUGUGCAAUUCUGUGACGAGUGUAAAGUAUGUGUGGAUGGAAGUGAGGAUUUUUCUGUUUUUGAAAUAAACUAUAUAUAUAUAUUUUUUUUUUCUCUCUCUCUCACCGGAGACGGGCUUGUGCCGACGCAUUCUGUGUUUCACUUGAAGGUGCGUGUCGCUGACCUGCACCAUGUCAGUCAUGUAUUUCCCUUUGUGAAAUAAACGUCUAUAUUUGUGCUAAAAUAUU